UUCAUCUCUUCGUCCUCAUCCACCUAUCUCCACCAUACGCAAUCUCUAUGUCUAUAUUAUGUCGUUACAACCUGCUACUACACCCCGCACCUGCAUCACACUCCACAUCCCCUUCCCAUCUCUUUCCGCCACGCGUCACUCUCUCCCAACUUCCUUAUCCUUUACAUAGCACCACCACAACGGCGGCCAUCACACCACAAACAAAUUCGAACACCAUGGGUAACCAAACUCAGCUUCAAUCAGAUUUCAAGCUCGUUGGUUUCAAAAACUUCGUUCGAACCAACCCGAAAUCGGACCGCUUCCAGGUGAACCGUUUCCACCACAUCGAGUUCUGGUGCACCGACGCCACCAACGCUGCCUCCCGCUUCUCAUGGGGACUCGGAAUGCCAAUCGUCGCAAAAUCCGACUUGUCCACCGGAAAUCAAAUCCACGCCUCCUACCUCCUCCGCUCCGGCGACCUCUCUUUUCUAUUUUCCGCUCCUUACUCUCCCUCCAUCUCUGCCGGUGGCGCCGCCACCGCCGCCAUUCCAACCUUCGAUGCUGCCGCCUGCCUCUCCUUCGCCGCCAAGCACGGCCUCGGCGUGCGCGCCAUCGCGUUGGAAGUCGCCGACGCGGAAGCCGCUUUCCGUGCCAGCGUCGCGCACGGCGCCGAGCCGGUGUCUUCGCCGGCGCUCCUCGGAGGCCGCACCGGCUUCGCCGAGGUACGGCUCUACGGGGACGUCGUGCUUCGCUACGUCAGCUACAAGGACGCGUCGCACACGUCCGACACUGAUCCCUCGCGGUGGUUCCUGCCGGGAUUUGAGGCUUCGGUGGCGGCUUUCCAAGGGCUGGACUACGGGAUCCGGCGGCUCGACCACGCCGUCGGGAACGUGCCGGAGCUGGCGCCGGCGGUGAGCUACCUGAAAAACUUCACCGGUUUCCACGAGUUCGCGGAGUUCACCGCGGAGGACGUGGGAACGAGCGAGAGCGGGUUGAACUCAGUGGUUCUGGCGAACAACUCGGAGACGGUACUACUGCCUCUGAACGAACCGGUUUACGGAACAAAAAGGAGGAGCCAGAUUGAAACGUAUUUGGAACAUAACGAAGGUGCUGGUGUGCAGCACCUUGCGCUUGUUUCUAACGACAUUUUCAGGACUCUGAGGGAAAUGAGAAAGCGAAGUUUCGUUGGUGGGUUUGAGUUCAUGCCUUCUCCUCCUCCAACCUAUUAUGCCAACCUUCACAAGCGUGCCGGUGACGUCUUGACCGUUGACCAGAUUAAGCAGUGUGAGGAGCUUGGGAUUCUUGUUGACAGAGACGAUCAGGGCACUCUGCUUCAGAUUUUCACUAAGCCCGUUGGGGACAGACCAACUAUAUUUAUAGAGAUAAUUGAAAGGGUUGGAUGCAUGGUAGAGGAUGAGGAAGGGAAGGUGUACCAGAAGGGCGCGUGUGGAGGUUUUGGUAAAGGCAACUUUUCUGAGCUUUUCAAAUCCAUUGAAGAAUAUGAGAAGACUUUGUUAGAAGCUAGAACAAAAUCCUGAUCCUUCUCCUUCUGAAACACUCAUACUCAUAAUUACCAAUAACAUGUAAAACUCUUCAAAGUGGUACACUUUUUUCUUACUAUUUACUCAUAAAAGCUAAUAAAUUAACUGUUUCAAAUAAAUGUGGGGUUCGCAUGACUGCAAA